CAUAUUGAAAACUCUGCUGCUUGAAUUCACACCGGCUGUGCUGUCGUCAUUCAAAACAACAGAGCUCACUUUGGAUCAGUAACAUUCCAACAUGUGUAGAGGACUUGCUACGCUUCCUGCAACAUGCUUAAAAAGGUAAGACAAAUAAAACAUCAAACAUAAAAUAUCCUUCCAGAAGCCGGAGCACCACACGUCUCAUCAGAGUCAGAUAAAAGAGAAAAAUGAUGCUGCUGCUGCUCAGAGUGGGCCAACUGCAGCUGAGGUGAAGAAAUGGAAGGAGUCUUUCAACCAUGUGAUUACCAGUGAGAUGGGUCGUACCGUCUUCGGCAACUUCCUGAAGUCAGAGUAUAGCAAGGAGAAUCUGGACUUCUGGGUCGCCUGCGAAGUAUACAAGAAGUCUGCUCCUUCUAAGAUGGCCAACAGAUCCAAGCAGAUCUACCAGCAACAUGUUGAGGCCGAUGCCACCAAUGAGGUGAACUUAGACGCAGCCACCAGAGAGGAAACAAAGAAAAACGUAGAGAACCCCUGCCCGUGUUGUUUCGACGAGGCCCAGCAGAUGAUCUACACCUUGAUGGAGAAAGACUCCGACAGGCGCUUCCUCAACUCCAAACUGAUCCAGGAUCUGACACGGACCAGUGCUGCUCAGGAAAAGAAAGAAAGGAAAAUCUCUGACAGUGCCAAGAACGGGCAGGCCUUAACGGGCGGCGCCUAAACAGCAGAGUGAACACUGAAGACUAGAAGAAGAAUGUGCCAAAGACUGAAAAAGUACUGGAAAGUUAACACUGGUAAAGAACGGUUGGUUUUUGUCUUAAAUAUGUAUUGAGUAGAAAAAAGUGGUUUUGAAUGUGACAACAAUUGCCAGUGGAGCCUUUUGUGAGAGGGGUUUGUUUUCUUUGACAAAUAACACAUUUUUACUUCUUUAACUGACCCAAUUUAACUGUAAAGAUGAGAGCAUGGAGACCACGAUCAUACUCUGAGCGAUAUUCUGUGAAAGCUCUAUAAAAGUGAGGAUGACUAAACUAUCAGUGUUUUUAUUUAUUUUAUUUGUAUUAUGAUGUUGGUCAGUAAUCCAGUAUGUAAUAGUGGGCAUGUUUAUGUUUUAUUGAACUAAAUUCAAUCAACCUUAAUGUAUUCAUCUGCAAUGCAAAAGUGUUGAUAUGGUUAUAAUAUUAACUUACAGUAGGCUAUAUGCACCGAACACAAUUUAAAGGUGACAUAUAAUGCACAUUUACAGAUUCAAACUUGCAUUCAGGGUUUCUACCUGAACAUGUUUACAUGCUUUAAAGUUCAAAAAACACAUUCAUUUUUUUUACAUUUGCUGCCUGAAAAAACCUGUAUUCCCACUCUGUUUGAAACACUUUGUUUUAGCGCCUAUCUUUAUUAAAUCCCUCUGUCAGAAAAACAGUUUAUUUGAAACAAUUUCUCCCCCAGACAGCCUACACAAAUCUGACAGGGUCUUCUAUUCUGUUUUGUGGGUCAGAUACCCAAAUGAAUGUGCACAAACAAAGUGUUAGCAAUUAGCUUUACAUUAUGUUCUUCUUCAUUUCCUACGUUAACAUUCAACAUGCAAGCACAACUGCAGACGUAUCAUAUUGAUGUCUAUGUUCUCAUCACCUCAAGUAAGUUAUUGAUC